AUGUUUGAAGUCGAUUGGUCCGAUUAUACCACCGAGCGCAUUGGUCAGCGCCGAGCCAGGAAGGAAGCCGAACGAGAGUUGAAGAAGAAGGAGGAAGACAUUGGCAGCAGUUCCGGGACCUUAUCUACGCGCACAUCACGUUCGUCGGGCCAACAGCGUUUGAGCUUUGGAAGCUUAGGCAGGAAGACUCUCGCCAAUGUUUUCAGGAGCGAGAAGCACGAAACGACCAUACCAGAGUCGAGCGCGAGGGCUGCAGAAUCAAAGCGUGGCUCGGGUGGCACACAAAAAAUCGCAACGGAGUUGACCGAGAAGCCAGCCCUUGGCGAGGAAGGCCGUUUCGAUACUAAAGGAGCAAUGACAGCCUACGAGCAUGGCGAAAACAAUCCCUCAGCUUCUUCCAGAAGUGGUCGCCAACCGAGGACGACGGCCAGACCUGAGGCAUCACGAACUCUGAGGCCACCCCCCCUCCCGUUCACGGCUCCUCUUGACAGCGAUGCGCUGGUGUUCGAGGCCAUCGACGAAUGGUUCGCCGCCUUACUUGGACCAAAGCGCCAGCUUCCUCAGCCGGAUCCCGAUGGGCCAAUCCGCAGGGGCAAUGUUCUCCUGCCACCUAACUUCCAUCGACCGGAGCCCGAAAGCCCGACCCGUCGCGUGGCAAAGAAGGACUUGGCGAUUGCGCCUGGAGCUUCGCGGAUAAAGUUUCUGGCGGACAACCCAGACGAUUGGCACCCGGUUCCCGGAUGGAAAGACACCUCUUCCAUGGUCACCGAGUAUUCGGCUUCCACAGACCACAGGCUUGAGAAGUUGGAUGAGGAGGAGGUGGUGGUGGGGUCGUUGACUGCCGACAUGGACGCCAUCCACGUCCAGGAGGGAGUGGUUAAGGAGACAAGCGUCUCCCAGAAAGAUCAUGAUUCGGCGGCAAAUCUGCCAGCGGACGGGAUUGGAGAGGUUGCCAUCCCGCCCGGUCAACCAGCAAAAAGGGGCAACGCGGGAAAGUUCGACCCGUCCAUGGCGAUAUCUACCUGGAUCUAG